GAGAUAGAUCUCAUCAAGACCGUCAGAGGUCUCGAUCAGAAUGGGCCGGGGGACAAAGGACAGAACCUCGAAAACUUAUGGAACAGCCUCACAAAGGCAUCAGAUCGCCAAUUCCACGCGGCGGAGGAAAGCACCCUGAGAUGGCUGCUCAAGUCCAUGAACGGGCCCUCACCCGAGGCAGAAACCCUACGGCGUUACCCCUUGACCUGGACGAUUCUGGACGUUACCUUUCAAAAGGUGCCACUCUUCUCGCUUGCCAAAUCAUUAGCGGAUAGGAAAUUUGUUUCGGUACUGCAACAGACCCUCAAAGACGCAUCGAAUCCGGGUGAAGAGGCCGCUGCUUCAGGUCUGAAGAGAAAGCGGCCAUUGACUCCAUCUUACGCCUUGGACGAGCUCAAAGGCCUGGAAGGCUGUUUGUCAACCGGCCAGGCUGUUUUGAAAGCCUUGAAGUCUCUGCUUGGACGACUGGAGAACACGGCCGUUGGCUCGCGUGACAGCAUCGGAGCUGAGCACAUCAAGUCUCUCUUCUCUACCUCUGCAGCCGAAGCUGCGCCGCUAGCAUCAUCCUUCUUCAUCAUCUGUCUUCUCUUAUUAACCAGCAAUGUUUGCGACGACGUUGAAGGCAAACAAGACUGGAUCGCCACCGUCUCCGAGGUAUGGGAUCUCCAUUUACAGGCAAAGGGUGAUGCCCUGGAAAUUGCAACACACAUCUUCCCACCAGCGGCCGCGAUUCUACGACACUUGAAGCCUUCCGACCAAGGCCAUACAUCGAGCAUUGAUGAAACUCUUGCGGCUCGAUGGAGCGCAGACCUCAGAAAGUUCAUGCAUAAGAACUUUGUCCUCCCUGCGUUUACUUUCUUCUGGGAGCGCCAGGAUCUCGACGUCAUCACGAGGGCGCUCGAUGUGACAGACAACAAAUUUAGGACAUAUGCCCCAGAGCUCUACUCUCUGGUUGCUGAAAAGUCCUAUCUCCCCACCGAGACCCAUGUGCGCAGGAUCAACGAGAUGUGGAUGGAUCAGAUAUUCAAGGUUGUGGAGAGGCAGAUUUCGACGAAGCCGGAUCGCAAUGCUCUUAUGAAGCGGAUUUUAGCACAGGCUGCGGCAAACUCGGUGACGAUCGAUGCCGGGGACCUUCGUCAAGUAUGCCGGAACUAUGCCUUGAAAUCGGAGACUGACUGGAGCUUGCUCGCGGCUGCGGCUGCAUGUAACCCGGAUAUUUUCCAAGUCGUCAAGGAGGGCACAGACCUGUUGAAUGAAGUCUGCGGUCAGAGCAUCGAACAAACGCCCAAUCCUGAUGUUUACAAGGACCAGCUAGACCUCAUUGGGGCUAUCAGGAAGAGCUUCCUAACACGCCGCGAUCUGUCUGGGUUCCUGCGACUAUGGUUCUCGCAGCUGUGCUCGACCGAGAAGCGAAAAUUAGUCUCCAAGAGUCCCUGGUUUGCCAUCGGGCGACAAGGAAGCCCGGAAAGCUCAAUUUCUUCAUUGAUCGAGUCCGACUUGUCGCCACACCAGCUUCUUGCGAUCAUUGACUGGCUUGUUGAACAGGACACAAGCUCACAUCCCCAGUCUCUAUGCCUCUUCACAAGCGUCAUCGUGCAAGGACUGCAUAGCGAGCAGUUUAUCGAUGCAGUAGGCCUGAAGUUGUUUGAUCUGGUCUCACAGCUCAAGAACUCUUCAAAGACCGCCUUGAAGUGGAGAGUCGUUUCCAAGACGAUUUCAUGGGCUGCUCCCGAGGAACGCAGCAAUAUUUGGGCUCAGGUGAAGGAGCAGUUGUCCAAGCUUCUGCGUAAAGGGGCGAUUAAAUCGGCUGAGACAUUCGAGGCCUUCAAAUGCUGCUUCCAGGCCUGGGAUCUCCUGAGCCAAGACGAGACAGCAGUUGACGAGCCGUCCAAGUUGGUGGAGAAGUUUACACGGCGGUUGGUCGAAGAGUUUGCGUCGCAGGAUGUCCUAGAGGUCACGAAACUAUCGGCCUCACUCGACUUGGGAGUGAAAUCAGAAUUUGACGAGGAAUUCGCCUUCCAACAAUAUCUGGCAUGGUAUGUCUUGGGCGGAAGUCGUUUCUACCGGCUGUAUUCAAGAAGAACGGAUGAGGUGCCACUGCUUGAGACGGUAUCCUCUGCAAAGGAUGCAGACAGCUCAGGGCUGCGUGCGCUGUGGACUGCUCUCCUGAGCAACGAGGUCAAUCUGAACGAUUCAAAACUCUCGAAAAAGCUCUUGGAUCGACUGAUUGCAGCCUUGGGAGAGUCCGCGAAGGAAAAAGGCUGGCCAGGAGAGCUGGGGCAGCUCUGGAUUCGGACACUAUGCAGCAUACCCCUGGAAGCUUUUAGCCGUGCUCAGCGUGAGCAGAUCAUGAGCAUAUUGGACAAGGGAAGAGAGAAGAUAAUCAAGUCGCCGAAGCGGGUAUCUCUUGAGGGGUGGAAGCUGGUGCUCGACUUGGCGAGCAAGAUGAUGGCGCGGCCGACGUUUUACGAAGGGAUGCAAUUCUCCAACCUCGUCGACUAUGCCGACGCCCUUUCCAGCCUCUCCUUUGAAGAGGCGCUUAGCAGUGAGACGCUGCUCGAGCUCGUCGAAAGAUAUUCCGCCAUGGUGUCAACAAUAGUCAGGCAGAUGUCUGAUAAUUUUGAUGAGCGAAGUGCGAAAUACUUCUCGGAGGGCUUGGCGUUUGUUGAAGCCUGCGAGACGGAAGAGGCCAAGAAGGAACCCCUGAGCCUCCCGGCGCUUCGCGUCACACUUUUGAAAGCUCUUGUUGUUGAGCUUAGAAGGUCAUCAGCCCUUCAAACCCAACCCGUCCUCAGUCAACUGCACCAGACCGCGAAAGCUGCGUUAGCCAGACACAUAGCGGCCGUGCUGGGAGAGCUCAUCGCGAACAAGAAGCUCCUAUCAAAGCAGGACGAUACGAAAGACCUGGGCCUUCUCGCAACGACACACGCUGCGGAGGUUGUUGACGAUGCCACCGGGUUGUCACAGCACAAAUCGAGCGCGGUUCGGAAGCUGGAGAAGCGGAGCAGGGAGGCUAUGGACGACGGCGACUUGAGGGCAUGGAAGGUUCAAAUCUUCCUCCACACGUAUUUGUCGAGCGAAAUGGAAGUCCCCCGCCCGACUCGGUUUACCGGGUUGGAGAACUUGCCUUCAAGAGCUCGCGAGUCUCUGCUGAGAGAAUAUGUCACAUCCAUCAUCGCCCACAUGGAACUGCCCGACGUCUCGCGCUACCUCAGGGAGCUGAUUAGUGAAUUCACGGGGGGCUACGACACGGAUGGCCAGGCUCUGGCCAUCCAGCAUGUCGUUGGCCAUCUCAUCGAACACACUGAUCUACAUGGCAAGGGCGAAGGUGUCGAUCUAUCAACGGCUCACAGCGAACUGACGCUCUCUCUUACGAAGAGGUCGCCCAAUGUUUCCUACACAUGCCAAACCAUCCACACUCUUCUGGAAAGAAAACCGCAAGCCAUGGGACAGUGGAACAUUGAAGUUACACUGAGCACUGCCAGCGAUUUGGCCUUGUCUAAGGAUUCAUCAGUACCAUUUACGUGGCUGUGCAAACUGGUCGGCGCAAUCAUCAAGAAGCACCGCUUACGAUUGGAGGGCCACCACCACCUCCUCCUAACCACCGUGCAAGCCUUGCUCAACAGCUUGAUCCUUCACCAACCAAAGAGCGCCGCAGACGGGGCGACACAGGAGUCAAUGGCUCGUCUGUACGGCCGCCUCAUCACCUUCAUCUGCGAACCCACUGCGGGCGCCGUCUCCCGCUCGCAGCACCAAAACGCCCUGGACUCGGCCACGGACGCGGCCAAGCGGUCUGCGGGCCGGCACAUGUACCUGGUGCUGAUGCAGUACGUGAAGCUGCAGCUGGAGGCCGACGUGCCCAGAGAGGUGCGUGAGGCGCUUGAGCCGGCAAUGAAUUCCAUCUUCGACGUGACGCCGCCGGAAGUGAGGAAGAUCUUGAACGAUGCCAUGGAUGCUAGCGGAAGAGCCAUUUUGAGGGAAAUGUUCAAGAGAUAUGUCAAGUUUGGCAAGUGGAGUGGUAUCUAA